UUAUUGCGGCUGAGCUGAGCAGAGUUGCACUAAAGGCGUAUCCAAUGUCCCCGCAGUGAGGUGGGGGGUUGAGGGGGUUGCAGGCACAUUUUCUGUGAAUAAGGAGAGCAGGAACAGCUCAGAGUCCAGCCUGGUGUCCACGCUGCUCUCCUCGGAAGGACGCUGGAUCAGUUGCAGCUGAAGCAAUGGAGCGCUGGAGGGUCCAGGUUAGGAAACGCGCGCGCCGUGAGAGCACAGCGUCUGUGCCUCAGUUCACUAACUCGCCCACUAUGAUAGUGAUGGUGGGGCUGCCGGCCAGAGGAAAAACCUACAUCUCCAAAAAACUCACACGCUACCUCAACUGGAUCGGAGUUCCAACUAAAGUGUUCAAUGUUGGGCAGUACCGCAGAGAGGCUGUCCAAACCUACAAGAAUUUCGAGUUCUUCCGGCCAGACAAUGAAGAAGCGAUGAAGAUUCGCAAAGCGUGCGCCCUCGCUGCACUGAAGGACGUGUCUACCUACUUCACUCAGGAUCACGGCCAGGUGGCGGUAUUUGAUGCCACCAACACAACACGUGAACGGAGAGAGAUCAUCCUCUCCUUCGCCAAAGAGAACGGCUACAAGGUGUUUUUCGUGGAGUCCAUUUGUGAGGACCCUGAAAUCAUUGCUGAAAAUAUCAAGCAAGUGAAGCUCAGCAGCCCUGAUUAUAUUAACUGUGACAAAGAGGAGGCAGUGAAGGACUUUCUGAAGAGGAUCGAGUGCUACAAGGUCACCUAUAUUUCUCUGGAUGACGACAGAGACAGAAAUCUGUCCUAUAUAAAGAUCUUUAAUGCAGGGAUCAGGUAUUUGGUGAAUCGUGUGCAGGAUCAUAUCCAGAGUAGGAUUGUCUAUUAUCUGAUGAAUAUUCAUGUUACACCACGCACGAUCUACCUGUGUCGCCAUGGAGAGAGCGAGCUGAACCUGCUGGGCCGCAUCGGGGGGGAUUCUGGCCUGUCCCCUCGGGGAAACAAGUUUGCUGCUGCACUUGGGAAAUACAUCAGGGGCCAGUGCAUCCCUGACCUAAAGAUCUGGACCAGUCACAUGAAGAGAACCAUCCAGACUGCAGAGGCAGUGGGCGUUCCCUACGAGCAGUGGAAAGCCCUCAAUGAGAUUGAUGCUGGUGUGUGUGAGGAGAUGACGUAUGAGGAGAUUCAGGAACACCACCCGGAGGAGUUUGCACUCAGAGACCAAGAUAAAUACCGCUAUCGCUAUCCAAAGGGUGAGUCCUAUGAAGACCUGGUCCAGAGGCUGGAGCCAGUCAUCAUGGAGCUGGAGAGACAGGAGAACGUCCUGGUCAUCUGUCACCAGGCUGUGAUGCGCUGCCUUCUGGCCUACUUCCUGGACAAAAGUGCAGAUGAGCUGGCGUAUCUGAAGUGUCCUCUGCACACAGUGCUUAAACUCACACCUGUUGCCUACGGCUGUAAAGUCGAAUCAGUUUUCCUGAAUGUUGAGGCGGUGAAUACGCACAGAGAUAAGCCUGUGAGCGAUGAACCUCAGGGCAGUCCCACACCCCUGUACCGCCACAGUCGUGUCCACCCCAUGGCCAGUCCCACUCCGACCAAAGCCCCCAGCUUACAAGACCUGGGCUUGACUGAACUUAGUCUGCAGAACGUCAGUGUGGACAGAGAUGCUGAAGACGCUCUCCUGACGGUUCCUGAGCACAUCUAGAGCUCUGAAAAGGCCAUGAAGAAAAGCUUCUUCUUCCUCAACAUCACUACACUGGCACAGUGCAUUGGCCGUUUUGAUGCAUCCUUGACCCAGUUUGAAUGUCAGUUUUAAUUGCAAUGAUUCGUGUUGUAAAAAAUGUCCUAUGUUAUGGUGGUUGGUGAAGAGCCGCUCAUGGAUGUCCAUUCACCUACUUCAGAGGGAAUCGGGAGUUUGAUUGCACUGCAAGGCAAGACAAAACAAAACAAAACAAGCUGAGACUAAUUAAGUCAAGACAAGUCAAGAAAUUGGAUUAAACUGCUGGGAGUCUUAAUUUGGAUGAAGACUAAGGAUAUAGUGUGGUUAAAAAAUAAAAUUGACACUUUUUUCCCUUUCAGGUGUAGUCAGUCAGCUAAGACAAGUUUGGUGUCUGAAGGUUGCUUAUUUACUUUUAGCACUGGAGCUACGAGGCUAAUGUAGCUAUCAAGUAAUAGAAGUUCAUGAGCACCACAUUGCAUGCUAGAUCAACACUCAUUUGCCUCAAACUGUGUGGAGUUGUUCAGUAUCUCUAAUAGACUUGAUUUUGUGGUUUCUGACAUUGUGUGACUCACUAAUAGCUGUGAUUAUCGACUAAAGUACAUUAGCAUAGCUAAAAACAGUAGCAGCAUCCAUCUUCAAGCCUGAUUUUUCAUUCCAAAGUUGAGGAAACCUCAGACGUUAAACAUGUCUUGGCUGACUACAUCUGGGAUAAAACUGUGUAAGUUUAUUGUUUAACUACUCAUUUAAAGGGGAAUUCCACCAAUUUUUCAAAAAGUCGGAAUAAUUCAGUGGUAGAGAUGUAAGUCAUUCUGAGUGGUUUGGUGUUUUACAGUGGUGCUGAUAGGAACCAAGGGGCAAUGUUGAUGACACAAACGAAUCCAAUUUAAUUUUAUUUAACAAAUACAUUUUUUAAACUAAUUUUAUUAACUAUUAAAAUGACCAGUGAAUCUGCACUUCAUAUGUAAUGUUGAUGAUGGCAAAAAUCUGGAAAAAAAUGUUUUCCUGCUUUUAUGUACUCUCUGCUCCAUUAACAAUAUGUUUUAGCCCACCUAUGUUGGGCUCCAGUCCUCGUGGGCUGAAACACUGCAGACUUCAGCACGCUGCCUCAUUAAACACCCCUGAUUCAGCUUAUCAGCUAAUUAGCAAAGCCUUCAUGGACUAAAUUCAGAGCGUUAGAUGAGGGUAAACGCUAAUCUCUGUAGCACUUUGGCCCAGAAAGUCCCCAGUUUCACAUGCCUGUUUUAGACCAAAGUUUUAUCUCAAACUAUCAUAAAACUGUGUCUCAGUCAUCAGGCAGUGUAUUCAUAACCAUUUCAUGGUUUCUCUGAAACCUUUGAGGGAGCUUUUAGAGUUGGACGUCUGGUUCCUAUCACCACCACUGUGGUUAACUGAGUUACUCUAGAACAGAGCAUUUCACACCAAACCACUCUGAAUGACUUUGUUUCUAUCUUAACUGUUAAAUUAUGCAGAAAUGCUCAUGGAUUUCACCUUCAAUCACAAGUAGUUGACUGGCACAAGCUGGUUUGUCUGGACAGUUUUGUACUGACAGAUUGUUUCUACCUGCUCCUGGUGCAUGAGGAGAGGUCAGUACAGUAUUCUAACAUGGAAAACAUGCUGUGAAGCUGGACCUCUCCACCUAUGGUGCUUUCCUCUGUGGUGGCCACAGCACAAACGCACGUGCCAUAAAUUUACCUCUCAGACUGUAGCUGAUUCUACCUGGACAAAACGUUCACAUCUGGAUUAUGUUUAUGUUUGCUUAGUUAGUGUUUGUCCAAACGGUGAGACAUACAGUCGUGUGCAAAUGUUUGUGCACCCUGGCCGAUUGAUAUGUUCUGAGUGAAAGUUAGAGAGAACACUCUUCUGCACAUUUUAAUGCACAACUUAUAUCAGGGGGGAAGAAUAAAACAUAAAAUGUGGCCUGUGCAAAAGUAAUAGCACGUUAUAUUUUGUGUUUUAUGUUUUUCCAAUAAAUUAAACUCAGAAACAAAUAAAUAGAAAUUUUGCACAAACAUUUGCAGAAAAAAUGCUACAUUUAAGUGUUUUCUCUGUAGAAGAUGAACUUAUUUUUGCUUAGAAAAUUAAAAAAAACGUUUGCAUACGACUGUAAAUAUCUGUGAUGAAAAUGAAGUGAUCAGUCGCUAUAACUAUGUCAGGGCCUUGUUUAGCCCCAUGGGCUACACGAUUACUAUAUGAUUUACAUGAAUACUUGGAGUGAUUUCAAGUAGUUGAGUAAUUGCACAUUGUACACUGUAAUUGUAACAUUAAAGCAGUAGUGUUUUCCCCAUUUAAAAAGUUUUUGCGUCCGAAAAGCAUUAAAUGGUCAUAAACCAACUGAAAUCAUUACAUGACUGUAGUGUGUGUCGUCUUAGCUCGUCUCAUUACUCGUCCGUCCAAUGUGAUGUAAUGCAAAAAUAGAGUAAACAGUCAAAGUAGAGGAGCUAGUUUGCUAGUAGUGAGUCUCACAGUUGUAUCAAAUGAUACUUUGGUGAGUGAAAGCAUGUCAAGAGUUGGAACUAUAAAUAUAAAUGAGUAAUUUAUAAUGUAAUUAUACAAUGUAUAUUAUGCAUAAUUUAAUAACCUUUUGAUUUUCUCGAAAAAAAAAUAUUGAAUAAAUCUUAAAUAACAUAGUUGUGUGCAAAAGUUUGGGCAUCCGAUGUCAAAUGAAUUAUUUCAAUAAUAAAAUUAAAUAAAACAUAAAAUAUGGCUUCUGCAAAAGUUAUGACACAUAACUUUUUCCUGGUUUAUGCUUGUUUUAUUAGGAUACAAAAUUCAGCAAACAAAUCAAAAUUGUUUGCUAAAUUUUGUAGAAAAUACAUCAUUUGUUCUCUGUAGAGGGUGUGUUCACUUAUUUUCACUUAAAACAAUCAAUAUAAUGAAAUUGUAAGAAUAUUGUCAGAUGAUUUUACCUAUUUUUAGACAUUUCUAUCUAAAUAAAGUGACUAACGAUCUUA